AUGGCCCAAGACUAUCUACAGAUACCUUCGCCGACAGAAAGAGGUGGGCUCACACAACAAGAGCUCGCAUUGGCGCCCAUGCCGCGCUAUUUUGGAUCGAAAGACUGGACGGCGCACUCCCCAAGGAAUGUGAGCUCUGCUGGGAGCAGUUGGGCCCCGAAUCCGCCUACCGUGCUCUACCGUGCAAACAUAUUUUUCAUCUACCUUGUAUCGAUUGUUGGCUUUGUACCGAAGAUGCGAGCUGCCCUCUGUGCCGUCGUAAAUUCUAUGAAUAUCGACGUCGGGGGAAGAUCUGCACGUUACGAUCGAAUUCCUCAGCAGACGAAGCCUCCCAUCGAUGCCAUGUGUCUCUUGGGGGAAUAA